UCGAACCUAUUGUGUCCUAUAGCGGGGCCUCUGUAUUUCAGUAGUUGCUGCUUGAUUGUGUGUGCUGUGGCUGUUGGAGUGCCCUCUGAACCGCCUCUUGCUGUGGAGAUAAUUCUGUGCACGCAGCCUGGCAUUUCUGUAUUUCCACUGCAAGGAUCUCCGGGUGUUGUGAUUAAACAUUCCGUCAGCAAGAUAUUGCAUAAUUUUAAUAUUUAGAGUGUUUGAAAUACGUUAUAAGUUGUUGAUACAAACAAUAAAAUGUACUUUCUCUUAGGAGUGUCAUGUAAAAACAACAUUUUCUGUGAAAACAGAAAAUGGCUUCAAGAGGAACAACAGAGACCAGUAAACUAAAACAAAACUUGGAGGAGCAGUUGGACAGAUUAAUGCAACAACUUCAAGAUCUGGAAGAGUGCAGAGAGGAGCUGGAUGCAGAUGAGUACGAAGAGACCAAAAAAGAAACUCUUGAGCAGCUGAGUGAGUUCAAUGACUCCCUGAAGAAGAUUAUGUCUGGAGAUAUGACUUUGGUGGAUGAGCUCAGUGGCAUGCAGCUGGCAAUACAAGCAGCCAUCAGCCAAGCCUUUAAAACUCCAGAAGUGAUUAGGAUGUUUGCAAAGAAGCAGCCGAGGCAAUUGAGGACAAGACUGGCAGAGAUGGACAGAGACUUGAUGGUUGGGAAGUUGCCACGAGACCUGUACACCCAACAGAAACUGGAAAUCCUGACGGCCCUCAGAAAGCUGGGUGAGAAGCUCACUGGUGAUGAUGAGAUGUUCUUGUCAACAAAUGCUGGUACAGCCCUGAGCCAAUUUGAGAGAGUCUCCACUGACCUUGGAUCAGGAGACAAGGUCUUUGCUCUUGCAAGUGUUGAAGUAGAAAAGGCAAAACAAUGAAGAGGAUCUCUGGUGGUUUAGAUGGACAGAGAUGAGACUGAGAUCAGUACCAGUAUUGCAAGAUUCAGUGUGUUGGGUCAGACUUCUCUCUCAGAAGCUGUGAAGGGUCAGAAAUCAGAGCUCUACCCAGAGACUGGCUGUGUCCUGCAGAAAGCCCUGGCCAUAAAUGUGAUUUAACAAGGAAGCUGCUGCUGAUGUGAAGCUAUUCAUGUGUUGACCCUUACAGAGAGUUAAGUAACCUCUUGAAAUAGUUAGAUUGAUUUAAGGCAUAGUAAGUUAAUUGGUGUGUUGUGCUAAAUACUUUGCUAAAUAAUCCUGGGAUGUACCUCCACCACCACCUCAAAUGUUUCUGCAGGGGCUGUAUAAAAAAGUCCAUAAUCUAUUUAUUAUAAUAAUGAUUUCCUCAAAUAAAAACUGAUAACAAAAGAACAACUGCUAAAUGAAAGCAUGGGUUUGUGUUUAACAAACAAGCUUGUGAUGUGCGAGUCCCAUCCCCAGUUCCGUGUUGGACCUGGGCAGAUCACUCAUUCUGUACACAUCUUUCUUUCCUGGAGUAAAAUACAGAUUGUGAUCCUUAAAUAUCAAGUGCUGUGAAGUUGUUAUUGAUCAUACAUUGCUUUGAAGAUUAAAAGUGCUUUGUUUUUUGUUUAUCAUUUUACUUCUGAAAUAAGAACUGUAAAGUACAGUAGCUUUAAACACA